AUGUACACGUCAUUUCACUUCUCACAUUGAUCCUAACCAAACUUCCAAAGCAAGCGCUCCCAUUUAAAAAACUUACCCGCAAAAGUGUCAACAUCUUCGUUAUUCGUUCUCGUUAAUGUUUAAUUGUUUGUCAUUUAAGUAUCAAAAGGUUGGUCGUUGUCAGACGAACUAAACUAUCAGUAUUAUUCAGCAUCUAAAAAUAGUAUCGGCUCUCGCGCGCUUACUAUUUACAUAAUACAUUGUGCCGUACAAUGUACAUAUAGUUUUGUCUGUUGUUGUGGUCGCCGCCGUACUACUGUUUUCAAAUGAACAGUAAGAUACAAAAAUUUCACUUGUGAGGUCCUGGCGGUACCUUACUAACGCUUAGUGUCCCAUAAUAAAAUCGACUUCUUUUUUCAAGAGUAUAUUGCAACUUCAUAUUGUUUAAAAAAAAAAACUCCACGAGACAGGUUAACUUUCUGCACAGAAGCAAGCAAACAAAAAUGACUAAAGGAGGGUUGACUGUAAGUUCCAUUGCCAAAAUGAGACCUCCUGAGAUUACACUAAAGAUGGAAUGUAUUGAUGAUGAAUUAAGUCCUUGUCAACUAGCAGCUAAAAAUAAACAUAAAAAAGACUUUGAAAAAGUGUCAAAAUUAUUAGAAUCUAUUGUUAAAGAACAUGGUGGAACAUUACUAUCCCAAUCUGGUGCAGUAAUGGGUCAUCAAUAUCAACUACCUAGCAGUGCUCCACCUACUGCUGCUACUGUUGUUAAGCCAACAUCUCAGGCUCAAGUUAUUGGAAUGAAUCAAAAUGGUGUAAAUCAACCAAUCAAAUUAAACAUGAUUAAUAGUACUGCCACACCACAAGGAAAUAUACAACUUGUCAUGGAUCCAAGAAUGGGUCCGGUUUUAUUGGGCACAGUUGCUCCCCAGCAAGUUUCAGUUACGACGCCGGCAUCAAUUAUGUCCAGUACAACAAAUGUGACAAGUACAACUACUACUGCUGCAACAUCUACUAUGGCCCCUAUUCCUGCUCUAAAACAAUUACAAAAAGUUGAUAAUACGUUUAAACCACAAGUAAGACCUAUGCGUAAAACAAAACAUGUUCCACUCUUACAACCUGAUAUCAUUGAAGAGCCAUCAUCUACAACAACAAUACCAAUAACUUUGAGACCUACUACUGAAACGAGUAUUCAAGCUCAAAAAUUACCUCAAAAUGUACCAAUACGGGUAAAAACUUUACCAAAGAAUCACAUUAUUCCUUCAUCACCAAUAACAUCAAGGCCUACAGAACAAACCAGCAUUGGUUGCAUAUGUAUAGGGAACAAGAUUGCAUCCGGUGAAAUCAUAGAUGAGUCCACGAAAAACCAACCAGAUGGUAGAGAAGUCUCUUUUAACAAAGUUAAUGGAGGAAAAACAUAUCCAUCAUUGGUUGUGGUAGCUCGACCAAGUUUGAAAACUAAAAAUAUUACCCCUCAACAGAUUCAAAAAGAAAGAGGAGAGUUAGAUCAAAAAGUGAAAGCUGCUUUGAUGCAUGCUUCAUCGAAAUUUACUGAAUGGUUAAUUCAGCAAGGUCUUGUAAGAUCUGAACAGCAUUGUGAUAAACAUCCAACACAAAAACUUAAACUAGGCAUGUACAGUGACUCAGGAACAUUUCCAUGUUCUGGCGGUUACGUAUGGAUCUCAUCGUGUUGUCCUGAACGUUUUGUAUCAGUAUUUUGUGGAUCAAUUUUCCAAGGUGCACCUCAUUCUCCAACAGCCCUUGUUAAGCUUAUAUAUCAUUGGGCUUGUCAAACAAAUGUACAGAAUGUGAUUUCUUGGGUAAAGGUUACCAAUUUUUAUGUCAAGACUUUCUACUCCUACCUUAGAAGUGUAUGUACUUCUGCGCUUCAUAAUCACUCUUCUAAAUUGGGAGGACGAAAUUCAAUUAUUCAAGUUGGGGUUAUAAGUUUGGGUACCACAUCUCAGGAUGGAAAUCUUCGACAGGUAAAGGUAGAAGUUCUUGGAAUCCUUGAUCCGGAAACAUUACAAAUCCGAUUGCGUGCCUGCGAACCGGUAUCAGAGUCCGACAAGACCUACAAGCGACGUUUUGAUAACAUCUUACACUCACUGCAAGAAUGGGUCCAUAAAGAAUCGAGAAUUAUAACCGACUAUACUGUAGACAAGAACACGCUCAAUGAAAUGGGCUUUUUCAACGUCUGUCAAUCGGCAUUAGGAGAACAAGGCGCCAAAAAUUUCACUACAAAUUUUCAUGUCAUGGAAUAUUUGCGUAAAAUCGUGCCGAGAAUGUUUCAAAACACUCUUAGUUUGUUGAGUCGACCAUUGAUUCAACAAUUUUUGGAUGAGCUAGUGUGGAGAGAACAAUUUGGCACAACGUCUCUUAAAGCAUUUGAUAAUAUCAUUCACCACAUACAAGAACAAACGAAGAUUGAAAAUUCAGAGUGUAACCUUUUAGAAAGGUUGGCAAAGAUCGCUGCUAAUCCAUUUGCUGAUUGGAGUUAUAAAAAUCUUAGCAGUGCUUCAAGCAGUCAUGCUUUCACUCCAGCACCUCCACCAAUGGUAAAAAUACCAAGGGAUCCAACCAUUCAAAAAGCUGUGCAAAUGAUGGCACGCCAACCAAAUCGUAAGCGAUCUUAUUCGCCCUCCAACGCAUCAACUUCAGCGUCGGAACCGAAAAUACCUGCACUCCAACCAAUACCGAAAGACACUAGACCCGAGCAUUUGCCACUUCAAGAAUAUUUCUAUGCUACUAUGCAACCAGAAAAGCCUUUACCACUUAAAGAUCCAAUAACAUUCUCAUUCAAGUGCUUCCUAUGUUCUAAAAAAAUGUCCUCUAAUACUGAAGUCAUGGAACAUAUGAUAAGCCAUGUACCAGCACGAGUGCCAGGCCAGUCCGACCCACCAGUCUGCCGCUACUGCUGCACUACCUUUUCUUCAAAUCAUCAAAUGAACGUUCAUAUAAGUGAAGGCCACAGUAACUUUGGCAAGUCUGACAGUGAUAUGUUUGUUUGCGCCAUUUGCGAGCAAAAGUUUGGCUCGAACAAUUUACUUGUGAACCAUUUAUCAUCAAUGCAUCACGCGUCCGAAAUGCCAUAUUGCUGUCACAGCUGUGGUUAUCGGACGUCCAGUCAUAGAGAUGUGAUAGAUCAUUAUUAUGAAAAACAUGAUAAAGGAAAAGAGGUACAGUGUCCUCUCUGCAUCAAAGUCUUUCGAUUAAUUGAGCAUAACUCCAAUACACCAAAUCCAGCUUAUGUUCAUACUUAUCUCAUGCAUAUGCAAAGACACAUUGUUCGGCGUGAUGAAAAGCUCAACAAGUGCCCACGUUGCUGCCUCUGGUUCAACCAAAUGAGUUUGCUCAAAGCCCACGUUCAACUUCAUUGUGCUAAUUCGGGGCCUCGAGUGAAGCCUUGUUCAAGUAACGACACUUCUAUGAUAGUUGUUAAUCGGUCACGAAAUGUUGUGAACCGUUACGUAUUUGAUGAUUUUGCUCAUGUGAUUACGCCCACGGAGAGAGUGAAACGUUGGUAUAGUGGACCUAUGACAGUCAAUGCACCAUACACUAGUAGCUGUAAAGAAUGCGAGGAGGACGUCGAUAUGCGUGAACACUAUCCUGGCGAGCAGAAGUGUCAGAAUUGCCGGUACGUUACUUGCUGUUGGCGAGCUUUUAAAGAACAUCAGAAGCAAAUACAUAAUGAACGACCAUUAACAAGUGUCGUUGUUCCCUCGCCGUUGUUGAGCAUUCCUCUAGACCACGAAGUGCAGUGUUCUUGUGAUUAUAAAACCUUGGACGGAAAUAAAAUGGCGGCUCAUUUGAUCAAAUGUGGAAAACGAAAUUGCAAGAUAAAAUCUAAGCCAGUAUUGGAUAGUUUAGGACUCGUUCCAAGAUUGUCAAUUGAGAUUGAAAAUGUUUUACCUUCUCUACCCGCGAUUACAAUAACGAAAGUUUCGAAAGGUAAAAAAUAAAUGAAAAACAGACCAAUUCAAGGAAUGAAUUUUUAGCAGGAAAUGGCAAGUGUGCCAUUAAAAAUUAAUUUUAUAACUUCAUAAUUUUAGAAUAAAUUUUUUUUGAAAA